GCUGCAAGGCAGAGAUGGCGACUGCGACUCGGCUGCUUGGGCGGCGUGUGGCGAGCUGGCGGCCGUGGCCGCCGCUGUCGCCGCUUGCCGGCCUUGUUUCCCAGCGGGCCCACUCGCUGUUGCCGGUGGACGACGCGAUCAACGGGCUGAGCGAGGAACAGAAGCAGCUUCGUCAGACCAUGGCUAAAUUCCUUCAGGAACACCUGGCCCCCAAGGCCCAGGAGAUUGAUCAAAGUAACGAGUUCAAGAACCUGCGGGAGUUUUGGAAGCAGUUGGGGAGUCUGGGAGUACUGGGCAUCACAGCCCCUGUUCAGUAUGGCGGCUCCGACCUGGGCUACCUGGAACAUGUGCUGGUGAUGGAGGAGAUAUCCCGAGCUUCUGGAGCAGUGGGGCUCAGUUAUGGUGCCCACUCCAACCUCUGCAUCAACCAAAUUGUGCGCAAUGGGAAUGAGGCCCAGAAGGAGAAGUAUCUCCCCAAGCUGAUCAGUGGUGAGUACAUCGGAGCCCUGGCCAUGAGUGAGCCCAAUGCUGGCUCUGAUGUCGUGUCCAUGAAGCUAAAAGCUGAAAAGAAAGGAGAUUACUACAUCCUGAAUGGCAACAAGUUCUGGAUCACCAAUGGCCCUGAUGCUGAUGUCCUUAUUGUCUAUGCCAAGACAGACCUGGCUGCUGUGCCAGCUUCUCGGGGCAUCACAGCCUUCAUCGUGGAGAAGGGUACUCCUGGCUUCAGCACCUCCAAGAAGCUGGACAAGCUGGGGAUGAGGGGCUCUAACACCUGUGAGCUAAUCUUUGAAGACUGCAAGGUUUCUGCUGCCAACAUCCUGGGCCAUCUGAGUAAGGGCGUCUACGUGCUGAUGAGUGGGCUGGACCUGGAGCGGCUGGUGCUGGCUGCUGGGCCCCUCGGGCUCAUGCAAGCCGUCCUGGACCACACCAUUCCCUAUCUGCACAUGAGGGAAGCCUUUGGCCAGAAGAUCGGCCACUUCCAGCUGAUGCAGGGGAAGAUGGCCGACAUGUACACCCGCCUCAUGGCAUGCCGGCAGUAUGUGUACAACGUUGCCAGGGCCUGUGAUGAGGGCCACUGCACUGCCAAGGACUGCGCGGGGGUGAUUCUUUACUCGGCUGAGUGCGCCACACAGGUAGCCCUGGACGGCAUUCAGUGUUUUGGUGGCAAUGGCUACAUCAACGACUUUCCCAUGGGCCGCUUUCUUCGAGAUGCCAAGCUGUAUGAGAUCGGGGCUGGGACCAGUGAGGUGAGGCGACUGGUCAUCGGCAGAGCCUUCAAUGCAGACUUUCACUAGACCCAGGACUUCACCCCCUUUUCCCAGCACCUGGAGGCCUUCCUUUGGAAGUGGACACCCACGGCAGCCCCUAUUGCUCAGCUGCCCUUCUUGCCUUAGCCCUGUGGCCUUUGCAUGAGAUUGAGUUCUCCACAAUGGCUGCCAAGCCCUGUGGGCCUCAUGGCUGGACCAACCAGCCAGGACGGUGUUCAGUGGCUUAAAAUGAACUCGGCAGGAGGCAUACUGGCUUUUCUGGGGGUUGUUAGGAUGGGCUUUGGUGACUCUGUGCCCUUCCUCUCUAACUUCCAAGCCUGAUGCUCCUAUUUCCAAGCGCAGACGUCUGGGGGUGUGCAGGCACCCACCCCUUUCUCUUGGGUGAGCCUCAGACAGGGAGCCCUCUCUGCUCAAGUACAGCAAAAGCAUUGCCUCAUCCAUUUACUGGAACUUGGUAGUCUCUUUUCUAAGGGGUAAAAAGCCAAAAACCUAGCCCUUGUUUCUGCCAGUUUCUAGAGGCAUUGGCUCCCAACUGCUUGUGAACACCUGUGCUGCAAUGAGUCCGCAGUGGGGCAGAAGGCAGCAAGCUUUUGAGAUCAGCUCAACACUGGCCUCCUUGGCAGCACCUCUGAGCCCUUCCGCAUUGCUCUGCCACAGGCACUACCCAGUCCUGGCCACGUGACCAUCUGCAGCGGACUGGGCAGCAGGGACAGGCCCUGCCCAAGCAGGCCUGAGUUGGCUGGCUCCAGUCAGCCGAGGCUGCCUGCAUACAUUUCUCUAGACACCCUAACACUAAUUUUGUUACAACUGCAUAGCGGCUGCUGCCAUUUUGUAUUUAAUACAUCGUGAAGCAAAUCCACCUGCUUCUAAAGCAGUUUUUGGGGAGAAGCAAUCAACUUGCUGCUGCCUCCUGUCUGGAUCCAGCGUGUGU